AUGAACCUCCUAUUACCACCAUUCCUUCUCCUGCUAAUCUACAUCUUCAUCCGCUACCGAAAAUCCUCAGACCCCUACACCCUCGACCAUGCGGCCCUCAACGCCCCCCUAUUCCCGCAAACAAUGUGGAUGAACAUGGGAUACUGGAAGAAUACAAACUCAUUCCCGGAAGCUUGCCAUGCCCUGCUCACCCUCCUGCUGGAGAAGUCUGGACUUCUCGCUGGAAAUACCGAGGGCGAAGUACGCAUAAUAGACUUGGGCAUUGGUUGCGGGGAUCAGACGCUGGCGAUACUGCGAGCGUUACCGCGGGCGCGAUACACCGGUAUUACGAACAAUCCCUUGCAACUGGCAUUCUUAGAAGAGAGGAUGAGGGAGAUUGGCACUGGCGAUAAGGGGCGGGCUCAGUUGCGACUGGGCGAUGGUGCGGACCCGGAUACAUGGAGGGUUGAAGAUGAGGAUGGGUUAGAGACCUGGAUACUUGCGCUGGAUUGUUUAUACCACUUCCGGCCAAAUAGGGAGAAGGCGCUGCGCCAUGCCGCGAAAUUGGGGUCAUUCGCUGCCUUCGACCUGCUGUUGAGUGAGCGAGCAAAGUGGUGGGAGAGGGGGGUGCUAUGGGCAAUUGCCGUGGGAACAGGAGCUCCCUAUGACAAUUUCAUGACUGCGAAGCAGUACACUGAUAUGCUGCUCGCUGCUGGGUACAUGCCAAGUGAGAUAGAGAUGGAGGAUAUUUCCUCGGAUGUGUUUGGUGGCUUGACGGCGUAUAUCCGGCGGAGGAGUCAGGAAGCGGAACGUUGGGGCGCAGGUGGUUGGAAAAAGUGGAAGAUUGCAGGAUGGAUAUUUGGGUUAUGGGACAAGUGGGGAAUGGUUCGGGGUUGUGUGAUUAUUGUUAGGGGAGCAAAACGCUAA